GUGGUUUUGCUUGAAAACAAGAUUACAGAAAUGUUACAGAUUUGGGAACUGUAUAACGUUGUAUACAGUUUUGGAAUACUCUACAAUUUAACUGAGAGCAUUAUCGCUCCAUCUGUGUUAUCAACUGCACAUGCAUUGCCACAUGAUAAACUUACAACAUUCCUAUCAACAAUGUCUACUCUUCUACCCAGCACUGCUCCCCAACCAAGUCGUAUGCCUGGUUUAGUACCAACUAUUAGAGACAAUGAAAGGACAUCUACGGUAGCGGCACCAUCAGAAUCAAUCGAAUAUUUUCUUAUGAGGAUAGAACUGAAUUUAAAGAAGAAGUACAGCGUUACCUUAUUGGACAAGGCACUUGAGUUUGACAAAACAAGCAUGGUUAUAGCAUCUAAAUCAUCUCGUUUUAAUGUUACAUUCAAUUUUGAAUUCGUAGAUUUCUCAAUUUCAGACUACUCUAAUGUAUCUAAAAUCAAGAUGUUCGAUCCAGUUUCUGGCAUACUCUUGAGUGAAGCUUCACAAAGGUUAUUCCUAUUUAAUUCAGUCAAAGCCAAGACCACCAGUGCUGUUCUCACUGCGAGAUUCAAUUGCCCACUCGUAGUUUUAAAUUCAACUGAAAUAAAUCCCAUUGAAAAUAAUGCAUUGAGACUAAAAAACGGCGCAAUGAUUGAUCGUAAAUACGUUUAUUACGGAAAACGCAGGCUAACCAACGAAACCUUUGAAGUAUGUUGGGAAAUGUAUAAAACAUCUGUAAACGGUAGUAAGACUAGACAAACUGAUCGUUCAACAGAUCGCCAACCCGUGACUGCGACAGGCAUACUGAGUCUUGCAUGCAUGAUCAUCUCGGUAACGUGUCUCUUGAUUACCUUGGUAACAUAUUUUUUGUUCAAUGAAUUACGCACACAGCCAGGAAUUAACAACAUGGGACUAUCGAUCAGUUUGAUAAUCGCUCAGGUUUUAUUCCAGUUUGGUAAAGAACAACAUGCCAAUGUUCCUUCUUGGACAUGCGAGCUCAUCGGGGCGCUCGUGCAUUUCUUCUGGCUCCUCGUAAUCUUCUGGAUGAAUAUCUGUUGUUUGCACAUGUUCCGUGCGUUCACUACCAUGCAAGCUAGUUCAUUCAAACAAAGCUACGUUUGGAAAACAUGCGUAUACACUGUAUACACCUGUGUCGGAUCUCUGCUAUUUGUAGCAAUCAACAUUACUGUGACCGUCGUCAAUACAAGCAAUGUCGAUGUAGGUUAUGGAAAGGGCAAGUGUUACAUUUCUAUGCUGGAAAUGGUGGGAUAUACCUUUUCUCUCCCUGUUCUUCUUAUAAUUCUAUCGAAUCUUGCCAUGUUUUGCAUAGUAAUUUUCAAGAUUAAAAGGAACCCCACUGUUCAAAGUUCAGCCGAAUCAAAACGCAAUUACUUGACAAUAUUUGCAAAGCUUUCCACGUUGACCGGCCUUUCUUGGAUUUUUGGCUUCAUCUACACAUACACGGGGUUGCCAGUGUUUGUAUAUUUGUUUAUCAUUUUAUCUAAUGGGCAAGGUGUGUUCAUAUUCAUUUCCUUUGUUUGCAACAAGCGUGUGUAUAGCUUAUACAAAAUGAAAUUAUGUACCUAGACAUCGGGGAGGAAUAAAUUGCACCAGUCGUCAAUACCUAUGACACUAACGGAGGAAAAUACAGCUAUGUCGUCAG